UCAGGCAUGGAUAUAAAAGCAGGCUGUUGAUUUUGCCCCUGUUUCUGUCCUGUUCCCACCAGCACAAUUUUCCCUUUCUUCCCUGCAUCUGAAGAUAUAGUUAGCAUUCAGAAAACAUGGCUUUUGUAGCACCACCAGGCUACCAGCCUUUGUAUAAUCCAACUAUCCCAUAUGUAGGUCCUAUCAGUGGUGGACUUAGAGCAGGAAUGUCCAUCUAUAUCCAGGGAAAGAUUCAACAUCAUAUUAACAGGUUUCAUGUGAAUCUGCAGUGUGGUGAAUUUGAUGGAUGUGACAUCGCUUUUCAUUUUAACCCUCGUUUUGACCUCUGGGACAAAGUGAUCUUCAACACUUUCCAGAAUGGAGCAUGGGAAGGAGAGGAGAAAGUCAGAGAGAUGCCGUUCAGCAAGGGAGAGCAUUUCGAAUUGGUCAUUGUCGUCAACUCAGAGGGCUAUCAGGUGAACGUGAAUGGCAGAGAAUUCUACCUAUUUCAGCACAGAAUGCCUCUCGAUCGAGUGUGUGCCAUAGAGAUUGGCGGAGAUGUGUCCAUUGACACUAUCAACCUCAUUGGGGGCAUGCAAGGCAUGGGGGGAGGAUUUCAAGGAGGAAUGGGAGGUGGCAUUGGGGGAGGAUAUCCGGGAGGUGGAGCUGGGGGAUUUUAUCCUGGUGGUGGAAUGGGGGGAAGUUAUCCAGGAGGUGGAAUGGGUGGCAUGGGGGGAGGAAACAUGGGAUAUCCAGGAGGGAAUCUUCCAGUAAUGGGAUUGCAGCCUAUCUUCAACCCUGACAUUCCCUAUUCAAAUAUGAUUCCCGGUGGGAUGGUACCCAAGAGGACCAUUAUCAUUAGAGGCAUGGUGCCUUAUCAAGCUGACAGGUUUUGGAUUAAUUUUCUAGUUGGAGGCUCACGAAACAUUGCCUUUCACCUCAACCCUCGAAUUAGAGAAGGAGUGGUAGUCCGUAACUGCCAGAUUGAUGGCUCCUGGGGUAAUGAAGAAGUCGAUAUCAACUUCAACCCCUUUCAGGAGGGACAGUACUUUGAGAUCUCCAUUCGCUGUUCUGAAGAGAAGUUCAAGGUGUAUGCAAACGGGCAGCACAUGUGCAAUUUCCACCACCGCCUCCGGCCUUACAAUCAGAUCGACAUGCUGGAGGUUGGAGGAGACGUCCAGCUCUCAUACAUCCAUUACUGAGUCUGCCUUCUCAGUGCAUCUUGCAUUGUUCCUGUGUUAGCUAUUAGGCACUUCUUUGUAAUAAACGUUACUGAAAAUUG